CCUGCCGACCAGCAGCCAUGACAGACGCCGACUCUCUGAGUGAGGCACUAAAGGCCAUCAGUGUAAGUACAGAACUGAUUGAGGAGGAGCUCAAGCCUCAUUUGGAUGCAGUGCUAGCUGCACUGCUGGAAAAGAAAAAAGAUGCUGCAGUUGAAAUUGCCAAAAGUGGGAUUCUACCCACGUUGGCUCAGGCUUUACGGAGUAAAAGCAGCCUGAGCUGCCAGGUGGCUCUCGUGGUGGCAGAGAUGGCCCGAGAAGCUGCAGUCAGGGAACCAUGCAUCGAGGCAGGCCUUGUAAAGGUGCUGGUACCUCAUCUAAACAGCAGUAACCAGGAGAUGCUGCUGAACACCGGCAGGGCCAUUGGACGCAUCUGCUUUGACAACUCAUACCAACAGGACCAGUUGGUCCAGAGUGGUGUAAUACCCAGACUGGUGUCCAUCAUGAGGGAGUAUCCAGAGAAUGACCCCCUGGUCAACGUCUGCCUGCUGGCCCUCUGUAACCUGGCUGACAUAGACUCUGCGAGGGAGGCCCUGGCAGAGCUGGACGUGGCAGAUGUACUGACCUUUCAGCUGAAACGGGCUCCUGAUGCUGAACGCCGACAUGUCAUCCUGGAAAUACUGGGCUCACUGGGCGAGAGUGAUACAUUGAAGCUGCAGUUUGCAGAGUCAGGAGUACCAGAGGCAUUAUCAGAGAUGAUUCGGGGUCUGCAAGGAGGUUCUGACCCCCACGACCUCUGCAGCAUCAAGAUUGCCUCCAACCUCAUAGUAUCAUUGCUUUUAGGAGAUGAGUCUAUGCAGAAGUGUUUUGGUGAGGGGUCAGGCCUGGUGUACCAAGAUGUUCUGUCCUGGCUGCAGAGCUCCAACACUCAGCUGCAGCUGUCUGGAGCCCUGGCCAUUGCCAACUUUGCCAGGAAUGACAGCAACUGUGUGAAGAUGCUGGACCUCGGUGUGGUUCCUCACAUCCUGACCUUGUUGGAGCAGCAUGUGGAUGAAGGAGACGUGUCUGUGCAACAUGCUGGACUGAGCGCACUCAGAAACCUGGCAAUUCCUGCCUCCAACAAGGUACGGAUGCUGGAGGAUGGGGUGACUGAGAGGAUAAAGACCCUGCUGCGCUCUGACAUGCCGCCAGUUCAAUUCAAACUGCUGGGUACACUGCGCAUGAUGGUGGAUGGACAAGAGGAGGCAGCCCUGGUGCUGGGGAGAGAUGCCAUGCUGCUGGCUCGGGUCAUGGAAUGGUGUGAAGCCAAAGAUCACGCAGGAGUCCGGGGAGAAGCCAGUCGCCUAUUGGCUGCACUCAUCCGACACAGCCGGAGCACUGAAGUUGUCCACGCUGUAGCAAAAGCAGAUGGGAUUCGGCACCUUAUUUCCAUGGCAACAAGUGAGCAUGUCAUCAUGCAGAAUGAGGCUCUGGUUGCCCUGGCGAUAGCAUCUGCCAUUGACAUUGAGUCGAUGAAGGAUCCAUUUAGGGAGGCAGAGCUGUUGCCCAUGCUGAAGAAGAUGUUGGAGGAUCCUACAGGCGCGGUUGAAGUCAAGUUCAGUGCUUUAGGUCUUACCUGCAGCCUGGCUAACUCCAGUGUGAUGAAGCAGGAGUUGGACUCUGUGAAUAUGAAGGAAAGCCUUGCUAAACUGACAGAUCAUACCAGCAGUAAACUUGCAUCACAGGCCAGCUCCAUACUGGCCAUUCUUGGUGAAACCAGCUAAACCAGCAUACUGCAGCAACAUCACAGGCUGAGCAAAGGAUCUCAUCUGCUGUAUGAAUUUAUCCAUCUUAUUCAAUUACGUACUUUAACUCAAAUGAUCUUACUGCACAGAUACUGCUAAGUAAUUGGGUUCAAUUUUAAAAUGUUACUUGUUUUGUUGCAAUAAUUAUUCAUUACAUUAAACAAAGAUGAUUUCCAUACUGGUAGCUCCUAGAAGCUGCAACAUACACAAAAAGCACAAACGAUAUAAUGACAAUUUUCAGUUCUUAAAGCUUUUCAGUAGUGUGGCUGAAAAUGUAAAUUGUGGGCUUAGAGGAGAGGCCAUGGGGUCAUUAAAAUCAGACGGGUUCAUUCAAUUUGGAGCACUAAAUGUACUGAACAAUUUUCAUGGCAAUAAUCUAUGAGAUAUGUACAAAGUUAACAUUCUGGAUUGAGGGUGAUGCGAGUGAAGGUUUGUGGGGUCUUGAAAAUGGAAAGCGUUCAUCCUCUGAGGAGCACUAAUGUACUCAGUAAAUCUACUGACAACCAGCCCAUUAGAUGUUGACAUUUCUUUGUACAAAUGGAAAUGUUGAGUUGAUGGUGAGAGUAAGGAUUCAAGGAUUUAAAUGUUUAUUAUUCAAAUACACAAACAGAAUGUGUAGUGAAAUGCAAUCUAGUGUAUGUUCUUAGGCUAUGAUAAAAACUAGUGUGAAAAAGAAGAAUUAGAAAAAACAAAAUAUAAAGGCUAAAAAUUCAAGAUAAAAAAUUAUAAAUAUAUGUAAAAUGUAUAAAUGUCACAAUGUUAAAGAGUGACUUAACAUCUGUCUGAGCAGCAGUAUUUCACUGUCCUCUCAAGCCUGUUUCACUUCUGACCACAACCAGCAUGACUGAUGGGUUUUAUUGGAUGGGGUCAAAAGUGUGCUCUGUUACACCUGUAACCACACAUGAUGUCACAGCAUCCUGGAGUACACCCAUCACUGCAGCAAGGUGAGAAGUUAAACUACUGGAGGUCAUAAAAACAAGAUUUUCAGGGAUUUCAGGUUAAUCUAUGAGACAAACUAUAAAAAAAUAAAAAUAAAAUUUUGUGCAGAAUUUUUGCAAAGGAUUCACAGAGGUCAACGUGGUAGCCAAUGACAUACAGAAGACACCAUCCACCAUCCAGAUGGCCAAGUAAAGUAGGGGAGACACCUGAUGGAUGAUGAUGUAGAUGAUGGAGUGGAUGAUGUAGCCUUGCUAAAGUGUCUACUUGUAUUGUAGAAGAAGGGAAACUGAAGAGAAAAGAGAAAAGAAAAUAUUGAAUGGCAAUGGCACUAAAAGGCAAGGUCCAGCAGGCCACCAAAAUAAUUAGGAAUCAUUUGGAGACCGUAAAAUAUCCGCACAACAUUUGAUGGAAAUCUGGCCAGUAGUUGUGUUCUUAUCUUGCUCUGGACCAAAGUGUUGGGUGGAUGGACAGAUCACCAACCAUGGGCCCUGCUAGCGAAGGGGCAAAAAUGUUGGGGCAGUUGGUAGAGAAUGAGGUUUUGAUAUGCACUUGUUUUAUAUGUCAAAUCUACUGUCAAUGCUGAUAUCUAAUUCAAUAUUGUAUAAAGUUCAGGAGUCACAGAAAAUUCUGAAAUUUACUGAAAUGCACCCAGAAUAUCAAAAAAUACACUGACAGCAAAGACAUUUUCUUUUUCCAAACCAAAUAAGUGAAAAAUAAUUGACCAAAAAAAUCUUCUAAAGAUGAUGACUGUAACACUUUAAAAACUCUUUAUAGAUUCUGAUGGUGUAGAAAACUGAAUGUACAGUGCUUCGGGCAUGCUUUCUCAGCAUCCCUCCAUAAAGUCUGUUAUCUCUAUUGCAAAUCAAUGGGGUGAGCAGUACUUUAAGGUAUAUUUGACAGGCUGAAACCUGGUCUAGAUGACCAAAGACUUCAUCAUCCGGAUCUUAACUACAUAACCAGCUCAUUGACCGCUAUCAAAGCACUUUAGUCCAGACUGUCCAGUCUCUAAAUCACCAUUGUCAUUCCGAAUUUCAGAAUCAAACAAAACUAAUAGUGGGGCCACAUUAGUGAGCAAUAAAUCAGCAUGGCCACUGCAUAACCUACAACCUUUAUGGUGUAUUGGAUGUUGUCUCUCUGGAAUUCCUCCAGUAAGACAUGUAUUGUACACACAGUGUGUAGGUUGGGAGUGUCUACACAAAUAUUUGUUUAAUCUCAGUGUACUGGCAGAAAUAAAAUUUUAUACAUAACUUAAGGCAGGUGUAACAAUCAUCUUAAUUGGUAGCCCUAUCCAAAGGUGCAUCUGCACAAGCUUUAAUGUAAUGAUCACCUCAUAAGGGAUAGAUAGUAGACAUUAAAGAGAUUCUUAUGUUUAAGAUUUGUUAGUGUUCUCAUCACAGGACAACUCAAGAGGGUUGUAUGAUCACAGAGUUGGUCAUGUGAGGAUUAAAGGUGAAAGGUUCAAGCUUACAGGGCAUCAACAAUAUAACACCAUAUCCGUUGAAUAUGGGUUUAGUUACCUUGAAUGAUGAACUGGCUGAUGUAAGACAUUCAUAGUGGUUUGGGUUUUUUUGGGGUCAGUAUUAUUAAGUAAGAAGUCGGCUAUAUAAGACUAGAAGGCGAAGUUGCAGGAUAAAAGCUUUAUCACACCAUAAUGUAUGGCCAAAUUUAAUUUGUUUGCAUAGAGGCAUUGCAAUUAGUGGAUAUACUCACCUGGCCAUCCCAUAAUUUUCCCUUUGAUAUAACCUACUGUGUAAAACUGAUUUAAUGUGUAAAUCUGAAAGGGGUACAAUGAAUGAGUUAUCCUAAGACCAUUAAUAUUUAAAGAACUCAAAAGUCCUUCAAGAGACCUUCAUGCCAGCCAGUCUAACAAGUCCUCCAAACUUUACAACAAUAUAAGCAUUUUCUGAUCUGGUCUGUAGCACAAAAUUGUCAGUGUCUUCCAAAAGCGUUGCAAAUUAGUCAGAAAACAUUUAUAAUAGCGUUUUCUUAUCUUGGUUUGGUUUAGGAACAGAAAAAGCACUUGGUUAGUGGUGUGACAUUAUGAUUUGGGUUUUUUUUAAAAAAAACAAAACAUUGUCAUCACGUGGUUAAAGAAACAACUACUCAAACCUGCAACCUGCAUAUUAAUGAAAAUCUUAACUACAUCAAAGAUGAUUGACAGAUGCCUCGACUUCCUCACUGCAACUGUGCUUCCAUCAAUGGUUAAAGAGUACACUGUAAGUACUUAUGAAAUGAUGAAGGUGGAAAAUCAAAAAUAGAAAACAUUUUUUAAAAACUCACCUUGCUCUAAUUAUUUUGUUACUUUAUAGUCUACCCAACUGACCAUUUGGCAAAUGUUUUGCACCUGUGACUACCACCUAAUAGCAAUACCCUUGGGUAACACUCUUCUCUAAAGGAAGCAUAAUGUGAAAAAGCCACAUGUUCAAUGUGUUGAACUGCUAACAUUUGUAUAUACAGUACCUACAGUAUAUAAUCAUUCUAGUACAGUAAGUGUACUACAGUGCUCUGAGCAAUUCAGUGUGUAUUUUAGUUGGAUAAAGGGUAGUUUGGGAAAGCAUGUGUGUACAACAUAAAGUGAAUAAUCUGUCAAUGAACAUCAAGCAACAGUUUUGCUGUAAUGUUUAUGUCAUAUCUGUAUUGAAAUAUAUUCUGUAUACAUAACUAGAUAUCACUUAACAUUUGUGAACAAAUUGUAUAUAUUUCAUGGAGGGCAUUUUUGACAUUCUCAAAAUUUAGUUCUAGAGAGAGCAUAAUAAAGU